AUGUGUACAUUCACCAGAACAGCCUUCAAGAUGUGUGGGCACACAGAGUACCGAGGGGCUCGUUGCAGCCCCCCGGUCGUCCAGAAGCACAACAUGCAUGAGUUGUGCAAGAAGACCCCGAUAUAUCUUCAGAGUACGAAGAACGGGAUCUGCACACAGUGCCGAACGAAGAACUGGGAGGCGAGCAUGGCUAAAAGUAGCAAUAUUCCGGAUGCAAAGGAGCGACAUGGCAACAAGGGCGCUCGCCCCGACCUGACUGUCGGCUGCAAGGACGAGGUUUCCCAUCAUGUUAGCACACCUGCAACCCAGCACGAUAACUUCCAAGCUGAUACACAGAAACAGGACAAAGCAGCAAAGUCCAACAUCAUUGGCAUUGAACUCAAUGGUCGACCCAGGCCCUCCUGUCAGUUGACCGAGCAUUUCAGCUCUCCUCUGCGAGAGUUCGCCCCAAGACACCAAGAACCGAAGAUCAUUAGAAACAAGCGAAAGAUCAACGCAAAUUCUGAGUUCAAAACAAGCGAACAAAGGGAAGCAUUGCGUGGUCCGAGGGUCUUGCCGGGAUUGCAUCCAACCACCAAAAAGAGCUGGAAUCUCAUCGCUGUCACCAAGCCUUUGCGCGAAGACGAAGAGAAAAGAGUGGGACUGCAUGGGCCGAGGGACUUGCCGACGACUCAACACACCAUCAAAGAGGAUUGGAACCUCAUGACUGUGACUAACCCGGUGCGUAGAGGCGACGGAGGGAAGUUGCGCCUACGUGGACCAAACCCCUUCCCAGCCACUUCUCCCUGCCCGACAACAAACCCAGCUGUCAAUGGCUUUGGUGCUCGCGGCCGAACAGCCUGCGCGCCUCUCGUCCUCCAGGAAGUCGAUAAACCCAAAAACCGGAAGGUCCAGGAAGCAGCUGGAGAGCAGUUCCUCCACCGGCUCCAAGAUGCGAUACCUCCUCUACCAAUGUCCUAUAAGCCGAUCCUCACCGGCCGACACCCGCUGCACCGCCCGUUGCCGCCAAUCCCAGACGAAAACGAUCCCAAGCCAGAUACGGACGACCAACCACCUCCGGUCCCGCCGCACGUGGUGCUACAUCGAAGGAAAGCCAUCACUUUGCACGCGCAUGACGAGUCUGGCUCACCUAUUGAACGGUACUCACCGGCUCCAGACGCUCCAGUAGGCACCUACUUUGGCCGAGAAACUGUGCACUACGGCUGGCAACCUGCGAGAUGUGAUACUGUUUGUAGCUCAUUCACGGAGUAG